UGAUAAAGUGGGACGCAAGUGCACAUCGGGGAGACUGAAGCUCCCCAGCCUCAGCGUGGGUCCUGCAGCCAUUUCGAAGCACUAGCGCGCGGCCAGGUGAGCCGAGGUGAGAAGGGAAGUGAGUGGAAGUAAGUGAAGGGGCGUGUGACGUCACGUAGAGUGAACGCCACACGAGGCGUGGACAGACUUGGGGCGAGGCGCUCCUCGCGGCAGCAACUCUUCGGCGCUCGUGCGGGACAAAACGUAGCGAAAAGUAGCCGUUCUCUCGAAGGCGCGCGGGAGCAGCGGGUUCCCGGGUAAAGUGUGGAGAAGUGUCCGUCCCUGCGCGCCGGAGAGCGGAGAACUUGGACAACUUGAACUUCUCCCGAUAGGCCCCCGGCCGCCGCCGCCGCCUCGGCUGCUCGUCGCCCUGUUCCAGGACCAAGCUGCUCGAAAAAAGCCAACUUCUGGCACUCGGAGAGCGCGCGCCCAGCCGUGCGCCGGCGCCCCCGCGGGCGGUCGAGCGAGAGCACGCGCGUCCCCGGCGCAGCACCGAGGAGUAGAGCGGAGCGGAAGAGCGCGCGGCGGCGGCCGCGAUGUGGUCGGCCUUGGUGAGGAGGUGGUUCGGCAGGCCCAAGAGGUCGGACAGCCGGCCAUUGGCUCAGUUCUACUUUGCAGACGAGGAAGUGACUCGCGUUACAGCAGAGCUCAAUGCGGUCGACCUGCGGAAAGACCCUCAGAAAUACCUGGUUUUGCUCAAUCAGCUACGGCAAAGCCAGGACCGUAUGCUGCGCUCCAUUGAGCUCCUUCUGGAGGACUACAUCUCAGGACAGCGGUGCAGCCGAGACUACUACGCCAAGUUUCCAGAUGAACUCCGCCAAGAGAACCUGGGCGUACAGCUGUGGUUUGCUGCUGAGUGCUUGUCGGCCGGCUCCUUCCUGGAGGUGCGUGAGUCUGACGGGUUGCUGCUGCGCUCCUUAGCGGAGCAGCUGCUCUGCAGCCUGGAAGAGGUGAGGCACCUGUUGAGGGAGCAGUGUGUGAGUGACCUCCAGAGCUGCUCACCUGGCCUUAGGGAAGCUCUGCUGCGGUACGACAGCAUCUUCUCCGAGUUUGAGCUCAGUUACAUCUCUGCUGUGAUGCCAGUGAAGUCUGCAGAGGAGCUCCAAAAGCAGCAGGAGAUUGUGGUGCUCUUUUGUGAAACUGUCAGUAGAGCACUGAAACUGGGGUACCUAAAUCAGGAGCUGAUUGAUGGCUAUGAGCCAUUGGUUAUGUUCACCAUCCCAAGACUUGCUAUAAUUUGUGGCCUGCUCAUAUAUCCGGAUGGGCCACUGAACCUCCAGCAUGGAUCAGAUAGCCUGUCAAGCCUCUUCAGCCCUUUCUUCACACUUCUGCAGAAAAUCAGGGAUCUUCUGCAAGUGCUGACAAAGGAGGAGCUCUACAGCCUGGAAAAGAGUCUCUGCACGGCUGAGUCCAGUGGUUUCCUGUGCUCACCACGUCCCCUUGGCGAUAGUCCGCUUGACGAUAGCCCCCCUGGCUGUGUGACAGACCAGGCCAGGGACUACGAUGGGUCCAUGAGCAACCUCAAUUGCUCUCUGCCCACUUUUCCAGGCUUUCAUGACACUUCCACAGACUCAGUGAGCCAACCACAUCCACAUGGUGUUGCAGGUCAACACCUCCACUCAGUGCCCUUCCACCAGGAUUUAGCCUCAAUACCAGCUUGCUUUGAUCAGCAAAGUAACCACUUUUCCAUGGUGAACCCAGUGUUUCCUAGCUCCCCUCUCUCAGAACUUGGCUGGCGGCCACCAGUGCAGAGAGAGUUCAAUGCUGUAGUGUCUCCUUCACAAACCUUCCAGUCUCAGGCCUGUGGGAGUGAGCUCAGUCGCGUGCAGCAGGCCACAUGUGGUUUGUGUUUGGCCGCCCCAGCUAUGGGUCAGUCCUAUAAUUGUUGUUUGCCUCCUGAGCCUGGCCUUGGCACCUCCUCUGUGGAUGGACUUGAGAUGCAGCAUCAUUGGAAACAGAGCUGGCACAUUAGUUCACCAACUGCACACUCAUCUGCUCCGUGCGCUGUGACAAAUGGCAAAAGCAGAUUUUGCAAUGUGCAGCGGCACAGAAGUGGGCAGGCAGGUUACAGAGAGCCCAGAAGAGUGAAUCUGCGUGCACGUUACAGAAGCAGCAGUGACAUGAUCCACAGACUCUUUGUCUGCAUUUCAGGGGUUGCAGACCAACUUCAGACAAACUUUGCCAGUGACAUGCGAGCCAUUCUUAAAUGUGUCUUUGAGGUGAUUGUCUCCAGAGAUGAUUUGGAGAGUGACAGUGCAGACGUCCAGAAAAAGGUGAGCAAAGAGGAGAGGCAGGAAGAGGCAGAUCCUCCUUCCAUCCAGGAGGAAUGCGAGUUGUGUGACGACAUGAACAGGGGCGUGCCUUCUAUGGCCAAUGUUGGAGAGGCAGAGCAUGGAUACGCCUCGGUGUCUCUUGAUCAGGACCGGGGAGCAGUGUGUCGGAGAGCCAGGGAGAGGAGCCGAAACCUGGAGCGUAACGGCACCAGGAUAGUCCAUAAUGAACUCGAAAAACACAGGCGAGCUCAGCUGAGGCAGUGUUUGGAGCAGCUGAAGCAGCAGGUGCCCCUGUCUUCAGAUUCCGUUAGAAAUACCACGCUCAACCUACUGAGGCAUGCCAGGCUGCACAUAAAGAAGCUGCAGGAGCAGGACGAACGGGCUCGGCAGCUAAAGGAACGACUGCGCUGGGAGCAGAGGGACCUGCGCAGGCGACUCGAGCAGCUCCAGGGCACCACAGAGAGGGUGCGCAGCGACAGCCUCGGCUCGACCAUGUGUUCCGACAAGUCUGACUCCGACCGAGGAUGUGGAGGUGGACGUGGAGAGUGCCGUGUUCACGUGUUCGACACCUACGCAGACCGAGGGGGACCACAGCUAUUCCACCCCUGGAUGCACAUGGCUAUGACAUGUGCGCAUGCCUGCCUUCCUCUCAAGGUUGCACUGUCAAACCGAAAGCAUUCCAAAAAGAAGAAAGAAGCCAUGGAACAUGGCCUGCAGAAGGGAGAGCGCAAGCAGGAUAGAUGCACUUUUGCAUUCCCAGCACCUCCAAAGCACACACACCACCAAUACCUGGGUUUACCUUUUUAUUAUUAUUAUAUUUUAAAUUCAGUACUUUAUCAGGUAGCAGAUUCUGUAGGCUUGUUCAAUCAGAAUGCAUAGCUCAGAGGGGGUUAGUGUCACCUGAAGUGCUAUCAUCAGCUUCUGUUUUGAGAAGUUCAGUAGAUAAAGUCCAGUUUUCCAUGUUAGUGACAUUUAACUCAACUUUACGAUGUGGGAGAAGCUAAAAUGGAUCCAUUUAGACCGUAUAUGUGCACACAUUACACUAAGGCAUUAGAUCAUGACAAAUAUUAAAUUCCAUUUUGAAAUAGGUUUUUGGCUAGUAGUAGUAGUAGCAGGAAGCAGUUUGACUGAUGCACUAAUUUAAUUCCAUAUUGAGAUGCUUACCUAUAUAAUUUUUUUCCGAAAGGCCUUCAUGGACAGAGCUAAAGUUAAUUUUGACCGUUUUAUUCCCGGACGCUAUGGUCAUGUUAAAGGUAACACAAACAAAUCAUGCAGUAUGCAAUGUUUCCUGGUACUUAAGCUAGCAAAGUUGUUAACUGGGGAAGUCUCUCAUGGGCCAGAAGUUGAAUAAACAGGAACAUUUCAGUGGGUGAAUGGAUUCCAAACAGUAAUAUAAUGUUUGCACUUAGUGGUUUAUUUUUAUUAUAUUUUAAGGUUGACCUCAAUUUUCAGUGGUUACUAAGUUCUUAGGUAAUCUGCUAUUUAUAAGUGUUUUCAAGUAACCGAAAUAGCAACAGGUCAUCUAAUUUUUUUCCCUCUUCCCUUAAAGAAAACCUUCACGAAAUCACUCCUUGUUUUAUUAUAGUAAUUUAAUAAAGAUACUGAAAUAUUAGUUCACAGGUUUUGAGUAAAUCAUUGUAAUUACAGUAUUUAAAUUGUGAUUUUGUCCUCAAAUUCACACACUUGAUGUCCCCUCCUUUAAUUGACUAGUGUGUCUUGUAACAAAGUGACAGCGGUUCUGAAGUUGUUGCAAAUCUUAAAAGCCAAGUUUGGGUACACAGUGAGAAUAUUGUGGCUCAUUUUAACAAUCUGGACUUUGAGGUGGUCAUCAAAGAAAGUGAGGGAAAGGAGCUAUUUAUGCCUUCUGACAAUACAGGUAUGCGCCGCUUUCCGACGUUUCGGGCAGUGAUGGACCGCAUAUACAACGGUAGUCCCAUAAAAAUAUAAUAGCCUGAAAAAUUCCUAUCUAAGAGUGAUGUUGUAGCUGUUGCAUGGGUCAUAACGCGUUGCUGUGCUGCCAGACAUAUGAAAGUAUAUACGAUUUAUGUAUUGUACAUAAUACAUGAUAAUGAUAAUAAACAACUGUUACUGUUUUAUGUAUUUACUGUACAGUAGUUUUUAUUUGAGUGUACUCUUUCUACUUAAAGUUCCGCAAUGUAAGAGAGUACUGUACACUCCAUGAUGUUUGCUCAACUACAAAGUCGAACUGCGACUGGUUUUGCAGAACGUAACCCCGUCGUUAAGUGGCGCAUACCUGUAUUUAAUAAUUUUUCCCUAUGAAUGGGCGUGUCUCAUUGUUUAGGGGAACAGUUUGUAUUAAGCCAUAUUUACCUGUAUUCUAUAUAAGCUUAAUUCCUGAUAGCUUGUACUUCUGCCUGCAUUGAGGAAAUGUUUCUAGAAAUGACUUGGAGCAAUAUUUUAAAAUAUUACAUAGGAUCCAUGUUCUAAAUUGCAUUUUUAAAUUGCAUUCUUAAUUGUGCCAUUACUAAAAAUGGCAUCUAUUACUUAUUUAGUUUACAGUGUAAGUAGAUUCAAAAUUGUGCACAACACUGGGAUCUUUGAGAAUUAUAUAGAACAUCCUGCAGUAACAGGACAAAAUAUAUAUGGAACAAGUCUUUGAAUUGCUUUCAAUAAUUGACAAUUUGUUAUUGAACAAAUCUGAGAUGUUUUGUAAAAACAGACUGGGAUUUGUUAAACAUUAUUAUUUGCUAUCUAUGUGGCAGUAAAAAAGUUUAUGUAGUCUUUUUAAGGUAUCUGCCAUAAAAAACAUUUUCCCCCCAACCAUACUUUGAAAGAAAGCACUUUCAAUUGUUAUAAGAGCAAGUUUUAAGUGGGCAAACUGCUGCUUCAAUUCACGUGAUCCUGUUAAUUUUUAACAACUGUUAUGCAGCCUUUAAUUCAUAUGUUGUUUCUUAAAGAAUCAGCAUAUAUGACAAUGAGCAGGACAGAAUGCCAUUCCCAUUUUACAUCUCUCAUGCACUUGCCUGUUGGAACUUAGUUUUCCUUUUUUUCCUUUUUGGUAGAAUGACAUGGCAGUAUAGACAAUGUUGGGAAUGGAUGGCGACUGCUAAUUGACACACGAACCCAAAGCACUUCCUCUGUCAAAGUAUCCCAGCACUCAGCUGCUUCUGACCCACUUUAGAUGCUCUCUCAUACAUGCUAUUUGGCUAAAGUAGAAAAGUAAACAGCACAUUUAAAUUUAAGGAAUCCAGUUGAAUUUGCAGAUGUGCAUUUUGAAGAAUUUGGGAAGUUUCAGCCUUCAGUUUUAUUUUCUGUGUGAGUUUCUGAAGCUUCUUGUAAGUAGCAGAGCUAUAGAAAGAGUGCCUUUGUUGUUGGAAGUACGGCAGAGUCCCGGGUUCUCAGCACACAUACAGUGGCACAGUGUUGCUGCAAAAGCAGCUUGUAAUAUUGUAUUUGUACUCUCUCCCAGUAAUUUGUA